GUCAACCUCGCCCAACACGGCCUCAUUGAGGUGCCCGAGUUGUCGAAAAAGGAUAUAGAGGACCGAAGCAAAGCCGAUAGCUUUGCUAAAACUCUUACACUUUUGCAGCUCGCCUGGUUCUUGGUCGCCACCGUCGGUAGAGCCUCACAGCAUCUUCAAAUCAGCACUCUUGAGAUAUUUACUCUCGGGAAUAUUGAGUGUGCCAUCAUAGCGUUCUUUGGCUGGUGGAAUAAGCCAAAAGACGUUAUGGUGUCUGAUGCUUACAGUGCACGGUAG